AUGGCCAGCAAUCCGCUUCUUCGGCUUUUCGGAUUCAAUGACGCCCUUAAUGAUUCCGAGUCGGAAUUGGCUGAUACGAAAAAAGGAAGGCUAUCGAAGAAUGGAGCGAGAGAAGCAGAAGAAAACGCCAAAAUCGAAGAAAAACCUUCGAUAAUAGCGAAUAGAACCCGCCGAAAAUCACAAAUCACAGAAAAUGAUAAAGAACAGCAAUUAGAGCGUCGAAAAUCAUUGAGAAGUGUAAAAAAGGAGCCGAGUAAAUCACCAACGAAACUGUUAGAAGAUUCAAUGGAUCCCGAUGAUGGGGAAAUACGACGGAGCAAACGCGAUCGUAAGCCAAAUAGCCGCUUUUCGCCGAGCAAAAUGUCGGAAAGUGUUCGCAAAAACCGGAAAAGGAGUGCCGCGUUGAACUCCGUUGAGCAAAUUGAGGAGAAUGUAAACAGAUGCCUCAAAAUGAAAAAAUAUCAAAAUGAUGACCAAAUGGCUCCGAAAGACAAUGAUGAAGAAUCAUUCAAAACGAGCACUUCCGGCGACGAAGAAUCUGUUGUAAAUUCAGAUUUUAGCGAUUCUGAAGAAAUUGAGGAUGAAGAACCUGAAGAUAGCAGUACAUCGAUGGAAGAAAGUGAAAGAUUUGAUCCGAAAACUGAAGAAGAAGAGAGAAUUUUUUAUCGAAGAAGCAGCAAUUCAAGUUUUAUGCCCCGACUAAAAAAUUGGAUGAUUAAUGGAAGUGGAGACUCUAUAAAAUCGGAUAAUGUUGUGAAUAAACAUUUUCAAUUUCGAAGAUCGAUUCUUGGGGAUGAUUUCGCCCCGUUUGAGAAAGUCCGACAAAUAAUUGAUGCUGUCAGAAGACGUCCAAUAAUUUGGGAUUUGCGUUUGAAUUGUCAUCGAGACCACAUUCUAGUUCGAAAAGCGUGGCUACAAAUCGACCAAGUACUCGGAAAUGACCAAGAAUUCACGCUUCAUCGUCGCAAACAAAUUUGGAAGAACAAACGCGAUUACUAUGUUAAUCUCGUUUUGUCGCAGAAAACCAAAGAAUGGUCAUUCUCGAGAGAAAUGGAAUUUUAUCGUCCGAUGAUUCUUCUUCGCCAUUCGUAUUUAAUUCGACCGUCAGUUCUACAUCAAGAUGGAGGAUUACGAGAGACAGCGGUUUUAGCGAAUAAGAAUAUCAUUUGCAAUUCAGAUGAUAAGAUCAAUGUCUUAAAAUUUAUUUUGAAAUCAAUUAAUGAUGCUGGAAUUUGCGAUGAGUCAAUGAUGGAAGCGCAUGAAUUAGCAAUCGAACGAAUUUUUCUGGAAAAUUACGCUCUAAUUGCGAAUAAAUAUCGAAAAAAUUGA